UCAUGGAUGAAAGUUUUGAUUUCCCAAAAGCUGCGAAUGUGACUUUAAUGCCACGUUAAAAUUUGGGUGGGACAUAGUCCUAUGACCUCUUUCAAUUAUCUAAGGUGGGAAUAUGUUCUACGUGCCACGGAUGUGAAAGAUAAAACUGCAGCACUGGGAUGGUCAGAUUGUCUUUUUCAUGUAUUAAGCAGCGUUCAAACAGUUUAAGUGUUAUCACAUUGUACCAUAAACUAAGUUGUCUCGUCUCUUUGCUUUGCUUAUUGCUAUGUUUUGAGCAAUAAUGAUGGCUCUCAAGUGGGGUUCUUCGCUUCCUGCUCAUCCUGCCACUGUUGCAAUGCCAAAGAAAUCUGGGAGUUUGAGGGCUGAACUCAUGAAGGUGGGAGUGAGUGACAGUGGUGGUAGGGAGUUUCCGUUGUUUCUUCCGAAAGAGGUUGAAAAAAUUAAAGACCCUUUUGCUCGAAGUUUGGCUCAGAGGAUUCAGAGACUCCCUGUACAGACUGAAUUUUCAGAAGGUUGCAUAAUGAGUAGUUGCGUGAAACCAAGGAUAAAAAGCGAAACAAAUCCAGUUGUUCUCUUACAUUCUUUUGACAGUUCUUGUUUAGAAUGGAGAAGUGCAUAUCCCUUGCUCGAGGAGGCUGGUUUGGAGGCUUGGGCUGUUGAUGUUCUGGGAUGGGGAUUCUCUGACUUAGAGAAGCUUCCACCAUGUGAUGCUGCUUCAAAGCGCUAUCACCUCUAUCAGUUCUGGAAGUCCUACAUUAAAAGGCCAAUUGUACUAGUUGGACCCAGUCUUGGUGCUUCUGUAGCAAUUGACUUUGCAGUGAACUAUCCUGAAGCUGUUGAAAAGAUGGUUUUCAUUAACCCUAGUGUUUAUGCUGAAGGCACGGGUAACCUUGCAAAAUUACCUAAGAUAGUAGCCUAUGCUGGGGUUUCUUUGUUGAAGAGCAUUCCACUGCGCCUUUACGCUAAUAUAUUAGCCUUCAAUGGCAUCCCAUUAUCUAAAGGGUUAGAUUGGACUAAUGUGGGUCGCCUACAUUGCCACCUCCCUUGGUGGAAAGAUGCAACUGUUAAUUUCAUGACUAGUGGAGGCUAUAAUGUAGUUUCCCAAAUUAAACAGGUAAGGCAGAAAGCACUUAUCAUCUGCAGUGAGCAAGAUCUGAUUGUUGAUAAACAGCUCGCAACGAGGCUUCAAAGUGAACUGCCAAAUGCAAUUAUGCAGAAAAUAUCAGAUUGCGGUCAUCUCCCUCAUGUCGAGAAGCCUAACCAUGUCGCAAAGUUGAUUGCCACUUUUGCCGGGUGAUUUGAUUCUUGCUGACAGUGAAAGCAUCCCCGAUUUGCUAAACAUAAGGCCACUCAAUUAUGAAAGAAGAUUUUGUUUGACCACAGUUCAGAGAAAAAAAUUGCGUGAGGAGAUGAUGGUGCUAAUAAUCUUCUUGUUUUUCCACUUAACAUUUUUCAUUAACAAAAGUAGAUAAUAUGUGGAAAGGUGGAAAAAUAAACUUUUAAAACUUUAAACAUAGGAAAAGCUAAUUUAAGAAAGUUUGGGUUUCUA